GAGUAACCCAGCUUGCUGUCACCCCACAUUGAAUAAAACAACGAGAUCGAAAUGCCAUCCUGUCGUCUUAGACCCUUAUGAGUCUUGGGUCUAAAGUGCCAGCCCCUCUUUUUGUCACGAAGCUGCAUAGAACCAACGCAUCGUUCUCUGUCUCUCUGUCUUUAAAUCUCACUCUUUUCCCCUCUCUAUUUAAACUCCCCUCCCACACCCUUCCCUUCAUCCAGCCCUCCUCUAUCUUUUCAAGCUCAAUCACAAACCUAGCUCUAAUCGAAGUUUUUUCUCUUCAUCUCUUCUCCAAGCUCAAUCAUCCAUAUUCCUAUCUCCUUUGCCCAAAAUCAGAAAGAGAAAAUGAGGUUUUCUGGUUAUGAGUUUGGGCUAAGGGCCCUUGUCAUGGUGAUCUUGGUCCAAGCCUGUAUGGGUGGGCGCAAGCUAACAGCUCUGGUGCAACAACCACCUCUGGUUCUCAGUUACCACAAUGGGGCACUACUUGAGGGCGAUCUAACCAUCUCUCUCGUCUGGUAUGGCAAAUUCUCCCCAUCUCAGCGUGCCAUCGUCACCGACUUCUUGCAAUCGCUCGAUCCAUCCAUCAAGGGCGCCGCCCACACCCCUUCUGUUUCCUCAUGGUGGGCCACUUUACAUAAGUAUCCGCCCGCUGCCACCAAAGCCGGUGCAAUCAAGGCCACUGUGCAUCUUGGCACACAACACAUCGACAGGGCCUACUCAAUGGGCCAUUCUCUUAAGAGGGCUCACAUCGCCAAGCUGGCGGCAAAGGCUGGGGUGAGUGCAGGCGUGGUGGUGGUGCUCACGGCGCCUGACGUGACUGUAGAUGGCUUUUGCAUGAGCAGCUGUGGAUUUCACGGCUCGGGGGUCUCGCCAAAUGGCAAAGGCAAAUAUGCUUACAUUUGGGUGGGCAACUCCGAGACGCAGUGUCCAGGGCAAUGCGCAUGGCCAUUCCACCAACCCAUGUUCGGGCCUCAGACACCGCCUCUUGUCGCGCCUAACGGCGAUGUGGGUGUGGAAGGGAUGGUAAUCAAUGUGGCAAGCUUGUUAGCUGGGACGGUGACCAACCCAUUUGGGAAUGGGUACUUCCAGGGGACUGCGAGCGCACCCCUGGAGGCUGCGUCCGCUUGUCCUGGAGCAUACGGCAAUGGAGCAUUCCCUGGGUACCCAGGGAAUUUGUUGGUGGAUAAGGUGACUGGUGUGAGUUAUAACGCUAAUGGCGUUAAUGGCCGCAAGUACUUGUUGCCGGCAUUAUGGGAUCCUCAGACCAAGUCUUGUUCCACUCUGGUUUAAGGGGGUUUUGGGCCUUUGGGCUGUUGUCCCUAUGAUAUGAAGUUGUAUUCUUUCAUUAUUUCCCCUUCUAGUAUGUAAAUAAAAAGAUGGGGGUUCUUAUGGUA